AAUGUAUAUAAGACAUAGCAAAUAAAAAGAACAACAAACUACAUCAGCUGGAGGUUCAAAACAGCUGGCUGUUUACAAUCGAACAAGCAAACAGACAACACUGAUAUGUUAUGUCUGUGUUUUUGCUACUUUAAUAUCAUUUUAGGUACUUAGUUUACCAGGAUUUCCUGUUCCUACAAUGAGUUUAUUUUCUGGCUCACCAUCCUUCUGCAGUUGAUGAUUCUCCAGCUGGUAUGGAGAUGACGGACAGCGUAAGGGCCUUCCUCCGAAAUGUUGUGACGGGGAUGAAGGAUUCUGUUCUGGGGAUCACGACGAUCACAAAGCUUGAUGCUCGCAUCCAGCAGAAACGGGAGGAACAGCGGAGGCGCCGAGCAAGUGGCCCACUGGCACUGAGACGGGCACAAAGUCAGGACCAUAAGCCUGAGAAUGAGCCCAAAUUAGCAAGUAGGAUUUUUCAGUGUUGUGCCUGGAACGGAGGCGUGUUUUGGUUAAGUCUGUUUCUUUUCUACCGGGUGUUUAUACCACUGCUCCAGACUCUCACGGCAAAAAUUAUCGGUGAUCCGUCGCUGCAUGGAAAUGUGUGGUCCUGGUUAGAAUUCAUCCUGACGUCAGUGUUCAGCGCGCUCUGGGUUUUGCCUCUUUUUGUGCUCAGCAAGAUUGUCAAUGCUAUCUGGUUCCAGGACAUUGCUGAUCUGGCUUUUGAAGUAUCUGGACGUAAAGUUCAGCCUUUCCCAAGUGUGAGCAAGAUUAUAGCAGACAUUCUCUUUAACCUUCUUCUCCAGGCCCUCUUCCUCAUUCAGGGAAUGAUUGUGAGCCUUUUUCCCAUCUAUGCGAUUGGUCAGAUGGUCAGCCUCCUGCACAUGUCUCUGCUCUACUCACUCUACUGCUUUGAAUAUCGCUGGUUCAACCACGGGAUCGAAAUGCACCAGAGGCUGUCAAACAUCGAGAGGAACUGGCCUUAUUACUUUGGCUUCGGUCUGCCCAUGGCCCUCCUGACUGCAAUGCCGUCUUCUUACAUCAUCAGUGGCUGUCUCUUCUCCAUCCUGUUCCCGCUUUUCAUCAUUAGCGCCAACGAGGCCAAGACCCCUGCAAAGCUUUUCCAUUUCCAGCUUCGUCUCUUCUCCCUGGUGGUCCUGAUCAGCAACAAGCUCUUUCACAAGACGGUUCACCUGCAGACAUCUCUGACAUCCUCUAGCUCCAUGGAGAAACUCGCCUCUCCUCAUGCGUCCCCAAACCGCUACAAAGCUCCGCUCUCUCAGUGACCUCAGGCACUCCACAGAUGGGAGUGUUAUUUGUGUUUUUAAUGCAUUUAUUAUUUUUGGAGGAUCGAUCAGGCUUUGUUUUAACUGUGAAUGAUGAGCAUGUGGGAUUGGACAAAGCUCUCGACAGUUGGGUUUCGUUGGACUGUGUUUUUGUAUCCCUUGUGUGCCAUUUGGGUGAUUUUAUAGAAACUAGAGCACAAUUAAUUUUUUUUUUAACCAAAUCGUCCCAGUCAUCAUCCUCACUGCUAUUUUCCCUGGCCUUCUGCUUUUAUUUAAUACCACAGCUAAUGAUUGAAUCAAAGUUGAGUUUGUGUCAUUAAUAAUGAAGCCAAGUCCCUUUAAUCCACACAUUGGGAGCAUUGUAGUUUUGUUGUAAUUUAUCAUACUGGCAUUGAUCCUUUAAUAACCGCACAUAAUCAAUAUCAUGAUAUUUUUCUGAUAAACUAAACAAGCUGCUUAUUUCUAUAUAAUAGGUCCUGUUUAACGUAAGCUAAGAGCUGGAUGCGAAUCUCCAAUCAAAUGUCUACGAUAAAUAAAUAAAACGUUGCUUUAUUCUGCUGCUUGUAACACAUCCGGAACUGACGUUAAGUUCAAUAAUACCAAGUCUAACCUCCACUACAAUUGCGAUCCCUCUUUCCAUUAUUUAUGUAGACAUUAGUAUUUAUAUAGAUAUCGCUUAGGAAAUCUGAACAGGUUACUAAUGUUUUACUGAAGCACAUACCAAGGUCCUGUCUCACUGUCAGCGAAUCCACUCGGGUAGAGAGUUGUGUGGUGUACUUCUUUUUAUUUCUAUUUUAUUGUUUUUUUUGUUUGUUUUUUAAAUGGUAUGUCAUUAAUGUAAGAAGUCAGUAGUGUUACAAAUGCAGGUUGGUAUUUGUGAGUGACUUGUUCUUUGGUUAAAAAAGUAUUAAAACCUUAUUUCAAUAAAUUUGGUCUGUAUGUACAAGUA